AUGGCAUUAACACCGCAGGCAAGAUCUCCCAUAUCGCCCGACGACAGCUUUCCCACAGCACAGCUCUUCCUCCUAGCAAUAUGUCGCGUUGCAGAGCCCAUCGCCUUGACCUCCAUCUUUCCCUACUCGUGGGUGAUGGUCAAGGACUUCCACAUGGCUGAUGGUGGGAAUGCAUCCUUCUACGCGGGCAUUUUGAUCUCGGCAUUCUCGCUUGCCGAGGCUUUUACUGGUAUGUUCUGGGGUGCCCUCUCGGAUCGACUUGGCCGGAAACCUAUUCUCCUCUCUGGUUGCUUUGGCACCAUGACUUCUUUGAUUCUAGUUGGGCUGGCUCCCAACUUUUGGGUUGCUCUUGCUGGUCGAGCCCUUGGUGGUGCCCUGAACGGGAAUAUUGGGGUCAUUCAGACAAUGGUCGGUGAGCUGGUAAAACGGCCUGAACAUGAACCUCGAGCAUAUGCUAUCAUGCCUUUUGUCUGGUCGAUAGGAACAAUCAUCGGACCAGCCAUUGGUGGUUUGCUUGCAAAACCCUCUGAAGGAUUCCCUUCCUUGUUCCCCGCCGACGGUCUUUUUGGGAAAUUCCCCUACCUACUGCCUAAUCUCGUUUGCUCUUUUCUACUUCUCCUUAGCAUCAUAGGCAGCUGGCUGUUCUUGCAGGAGACUCAUCCGGAUAUGCAACCUGGCAGCGAGACCACUCACGGGUAUUUCGAACACCCGGUUGAACAACCUCUUCUGGCGACAUCUGGUGCUACUGCCAACGCCGGCGUGGAUCUUCGAGCGGAGUCUUACGGGACCUUUAAUCAAGUUCAGCUGCAUGAAGAGAAUUGGAAUGUGCAAGCCGAUGGUUCAUCGCCUACCUGGAAGAGGCUGCCCAAGCCCAAAGCUUUCACUUGGCGAGUCACCAUGCUCGUCGUGGCGUUGGCUAUCUUCACCUAUCACUCAAUGACGUAUGAUCACCUCCUCCCUAUUUUCUUACAGGAUAAGAACACGCGAGGUCUUUCCGUUUUGUCUCAUGGGCUCUUCGAUAUCCCAGGCGGAGUGGGUCUCUCGACUCGGACAGUGGGUGUUAUUAUGUCCACUGAUGGUAUCAUUGCUCUCGUCAUUCAGAGUCUCGUAUUCCCUCUGCUGGCACAUUAUUUGGGCAUCUGGCGACUGUUCGUCGUUGUCACGGUGCUCCAUCCAAUCGCAUACUUCAUGGUUCCGUUCCUAGUUUUCCUGCCUGGUCAAUCGGUCUAUAUUGGGAUCUAUGCCUGCUUGAUUGUUCGAAAUGCUCUUUCGAUUAUCGACUAUCCUGUUCUCUUGAUCCUUAUCAAGCAAGCCAGUCCCUCGGACUCUGUCAUGGGCAAAAUCAACGGUUUGACUGCUUCUGCCGGUGCCGCAUCUCGAACUCUGGCCCCUCCAAUUGCUGGUUUUCUUUACAGCGCUGGAGCGGAGAUGGGCUGUACGGCCGUCGCCUGGUGGGGUAGCAGUUUUGUUGCUUUGGUCGGUGCCUUGCAGCUAUGGUUCAUCCAACGCAAGAGGCAUGCCUGGGCAACUGUGCACCAUGCGACACCUUUCCAUUAUGACCAGUUUUCAGGGCAUCCACAUGAUGAGAUUGUUCAUAUCAUUGUGAACGAUGCCGAUGGUGGAUAUGAUGGCGUAUGCUCAGAGACCGCAGUCUCACGUUGA